GCCUCACGAAGCUCAUCAGCCUCGGCGACGGCGCGCACUUUGGCGAGCUCGCGCUCAUGAAAGCCAAUGGGCUGCGCUCGGCGACGGUCGUCACCACACAGCUGUGUGAGCUGCUCAUCAUUGCCGAGCGCGACUACAACAACAUUUUGCGCAAAUUGCAGAAAGAAGACAUGUCCAAGCGCCUCGCACUCCUUGAUAAAAUCCCCAUGUUUCAAAGUGUCGAGUGGACCAACGAGCUUCUCGAAGAGAUCUGCUACGUGCUCGUCGAGCAGCGGUUUCCCGCCAACUCGAUCCUGUACGCCCAAGGCGACAAGGCAAUGCAAAUGUACUUUGUGACGCGGGGCGAGUGCGUCGUGACGCGCACGAUCGUCGACCCCAAGACACAAGCAUCGCACGAAACGACCAUCGAGCGCUUGGGCCCGUACAACGUUGUUGGUGACGACACCGCAACGGGCACCAACUUCAACGAAGUCAUUUACCGCGCCGAUACGGUCACGACGACGACUCCGAUUGACGCCCUCGUGCUCACGAAAUACGACGUGUUUAACCGUCUCUCGCGGGGCGCGCGCGAGACGCUAUGGGGCCACGCGCGCGCACAUAAGGCCGCCAUGGUUGUUAUCGACCAGCUGUACAAGUCGCUCAAGUGGAAGGCAUAUAAAGAGCAAGUGCUUGCGACCGAAAUUGAUGCGCAAAAGCUGGCGCGGCGCCUGCGCCACCGCCCGGCACCGUCGCUCGACCCAAUCGCGAUGCGACCCAAGAUGACGCUGCUUGACAGCAACGACUUGCUGCUCGUGACGCCGCCGACGUCCAGCCCGUCGUCGGCCAUGACCACGGCCAAGUAUACGACGCAAUACAACCCUGACAUUGCCACGGAAGACCGGUGCCACGUCAUGGCGCUGGCGACGGCAACAGAGUCUCUCGACAGCGCACUGCGCGUCGCGGAUGGCAAUCCCGCCGCGUACUUGCGCUACUUGCACGAAAACCGCGAGACACCCAACGACGCAGUCAAAAGCAUCAUUAGCGAGAAAGAUUACUUCUCGGAACACUAUAUCUUUUCGAUGACGACGCCGCCGCUGACGCCCCGUCCGCCGCCGGCCAAGAAGUCGCAACAUGCUGCCCGCGCGUCACGUGCCAACGUGAGCGCUCCGCCGCUUCUCGAGAUUGCCCCGCAAAUUGUCGUCCUCAACGUCGCCAACCAACAGCUACAGCCCGUCGCGCCUCGCCCGGCGUUCCGGCUCGCGGGCAUGUUUGCUUCGAAAGAAGCUGCCGAUGGCGCGGCCAAUGCGAUCGCCGAGUACGAAGCCAAGCACGUGCGCAAAGGCUUCAAGGCCGAGCGUGCGAUCGGGUACUACACCAUCGACACGGGCAAGUAUGUGCUCGCGCCGUCGACGCUCGAGUGCCUCCUCUCGACGUACUACUGCGACCAAGCGCUGCACCGCGUCGUCGACGAGCAUACGGACUGGGAUGCGUGGCGUGCCAAGCACAGUGCGCCGCGGCCCGUCACCGCCGAUACCAUUCAAAAGAUACUGCACGACACGUGUGGCCACAUGAGCGAGGUCAAGAAGAGUCCGCGUCCUUCGUCGGUGGCGCGCUCGGUGCACUUGCACGACAUUGUCGACGACCACAUUCCGAUCGAGCUCCGCGACGGCGGCAACUUUGCCUGCGUGAGCAUCGUGCUCGUACCCAAGGCAGCGACCGAGCCCGUCCUCGCCGUCCACGGCUGCUUCAGCACCGAAGCCGACGCCAUGGCGUUUGCCGAGCGCGGGUACCGUCUCCAGUUGUGGCAUACUUGA